AUGACAGGAGAGCAGAUCUCUGUGCCUAGUAGUCCCAAAAACGGGGAGGACCAUUCUGCUGCUGAACCAAUUCCAAAGACACAAAUUAGGAACAAUGAUAGGAGUCUUUAUUCCAUGCUUGCAAAACAUUCUGGGAAUCAUCUACUACAUCCGAUUUCCUUGGAUUGUUGGCAUCGCUGGCAUAAAAAGAAAUCAAAAGAAUUAUCAUCUCUUUAUGCCACACAAGAGUUUUCAGCACACAAUGGUUACAUAUCAAUCAUAAAUUUCAGUCAUGAUGGCAGAUACUUAGCAAGUGCUGGGAUGUGCACUAGUGGCAUUCAUGAUAUGUACAGGAGUGUCUUUUGCCUUUAUAAUUGGAACUGUGCUAACAUGGAGGACCUUGGCAUUGACAGGAUUAAUCCCUUGUGA